UGAUUUUAUUAAGAAAUAUUGGCAGAAACCUUUGUUUAGCUUCCAUUGUGGAUUGUAUCAAAGUUGUGAUCCGGAAGUACUUUUGAGUCGGUGGUGUUUUGUGUUAUCAAACUAUCAAAACUGGCAUAUCAAGAAAACAAUAUUCCAUAUUCCGAACAGUAAGUAUUAGGACAGGUCUAUCUUCAAACCUGGAAUCAAACCCAACAAGAUGUCCACAGCCACGGACACUAAAGCGUCUUCGGGCCCGGUCAUGUGUGAGGUGUGCGGGACCUACUUCGAGUCCCGCCGCGGCCUCUCCAGCCACGCCCGCCUGCACCUGCGCCAGCUGGGAGUGACCCUGUCGGAGACGAGCGGCGCUCCCAUCAGCCUCCUCUACCGCAUCGUCCAGGAGCGAGAUGGCUCCCUCCCCGACCAUCUCCUCACACCUCCCUUGUCCGCGACCACCUCGACGAAGAAAGUCACGGCCAAGGAAAAACGCUCCUCCUCUUCCUCCAAGCCCGUGGCGAAAGUCGCGACGCCGCCGAAACCAAAAACGGCUUCUCAGGGUUCCCCGGUGGCCGCAGCACUGAAAGGAUCUCCGCCCACCUCCUCGCCGCCCGCCACGAAGGCCAAUCCCCCGCCCAGCUCUGUCUCCCCCUUCCUCCUCCCCUCUCUGCCAAUCAAGGCCCUGGAAGCCAAAAUCACGGUCCCUAGGACGUCCACUCCCUCUGCCAAGCCACUCUGGGCUCCACAGGAGACCGACGCGCCCCUCACCUUGGCCAUGAACAGCAACGACGAGGUGCACGUGUGCCAGCUGUGCGGCGCCUGGUACGAGACGCGCAAGGGCCUCGCCAGCCACGCCCGUGCCCACCUGCGCCAGUUUGGCGUCACGGAGAACACGGAGACCAGGGGCGGGCCCAUAGAGCUCCUGCACCAGAUCAUGGACGCCGAGGACCUCAAGCCGAUAGGCAGUGGCGGGAAGCAGGACGCCCCGAACCAGCACACGCCCACGAAGUCGUCGGUGAAACGGCCCUCGGGUUCGUCGCCCGCGGGACAAGGCGCCACGCCCAAAGGGUCGCCCUCGUCCCCUCUGCCGCCGACGCGGAAACGGCCCAAGCUCUCUGGGAUGGAUGGAGGCCUCGCGCACGACUACAUGUUUAGUUCUGGCACUGCAGCACCAGCCAAGGUCUUCACCUGCAUCCUCUGCGGGGAGGAGUUUGAGAACCGCAAGGGCCUGGCCAGCCACUCACGCUCCCACCUUCGCCAGCUGGGCGUCACUGACCUCCUGGGGAAAGCCUCCGCCAUCGACACCGUCCAACAGCUAGUCAGCAGCGGCGUGUUAGCAGCCGCGAACCCCGUCGGCGCUAAAGCUAGCUCCCCGGCGCCUGCUCCGGCCCCUACCCCGGUUGGGUCCCCUGAGGGCCCCCCCAGAACUGAGGUCCGCGGGCCCCGGGCGAAGAAAGGCUCCAGGCUAGCCGUGCCCAAACCUGAGCCUGUGGAAGUCCAGGUGUCUGAUGUCGGGACUCUGGAUGAGCUGGAGGGUUGCAAGACUGUCUCUCCCUCUCAGCGGUGGUCAAGCCCUUCUGGUAGCACUCAGUCCCUCAAUACCUCAGCCUCCGACCUGUCGGCCAUCCCCAUAAUCCCCUGCGAGUUCUGCGGCCAGUUCUUCGACAGCCGCAAGGCCCUCUCCUGUCACGCUCGCUCCCACCUCCGCCAGCUGGGCGUCACCUGGUCCCUCAACGAGUCUCCCAUCGACACCCUCCAGGAGGUCAUGCUGAAGGGGGACGUCAAGAGGGAGCCCGUCCACGGCGGCCCCGGCCCGGCCUGGAUCCAGGCCUCGUGGGCCCCCCAGGUUCCCAAAAGGUCCCCAGACGGGCUCUCCUUGGAGCGGCCUUCCCCCAAGACGAUCACCCCUCCCCUAGACUUCUCCCUCAAGGAGAAGCCCUCUCCGGAUAAAAGCUCGGCCUCCCAUGCUGCGGCGGACGCGUGCUGCGAGCUGUGCGGCUUCGACUUUGAGAACCGCAAGGCGCUGGCCAGCCACGCACGCGCCCACCUGCGGCAGCUGGGCGUGGUGGAGAAGGGCGAGGGCGUGAAGGGCUCCCCCAUCGAGAUCCUCACCCAGUGGAUCCAGAGGGAGCCGGCCAAGGUGGCGGAGAUCACCCGGCGCUACCGCGUGGGAGACCUGUACAUCAAGAAGAGGCUGGCCCACCUCCCUCCUCCGUCGAUGAAAUCCGAGUCUGUACCCUCGGGUUCCCAGAAGGCCGUGGGGCUUCAGCUGGGGCGCCGGGCAGGCCGGGAGGUGGCGGGGGUCGCUGCGGGGUCGUCCAAAGCCUCCCAGGAGCGUUCCCACAACACACACAUGGGCCACAAGCACACACUGACACACAACCAAAUGCAGACCGGCCGGGGUGACCUCAACGUGCGCUCGCCUAGAGUACAUUCUUUUUUUCUCCAAUCUCCAGGUUUUGACCGGCGUCCUCUUAAGACGCCCGUCCACACGGAGGACGGAGAAGGGGACUCCAAUUCCCAGCAGCCCUCUCGGUCAGGAAACAUCCCCGCCCUGCUGCCUAGGCCCCCUCUCUCCCCCCUGGUCAAGUUGGUGGGCAAAGUCUACUCCCUCAAGUGCAGGUUCUGCGAGGAGGUGUUCCACGGGCCUCGCUCGGUCCAGGAGGACUGGAUCCGGCACCUCCAGAAGCACAUCCUGGACCUGAGCUACAACAAGCCCUCCCCGCCCCCCACGCCCAGCCAGGACCCCCAGCCCAUGGUCACGGGCCUGGUCCCGGUCUCUUCCCCCAUCCCAUCCACCUUGUCCCCGGUCCUCCUGGGCCCUCUGACCGUCUAGAACCCAUGGCCUCCUGGCACGAUGUGGGGACAGAGGCCACCACUAACGUUGUCACUCCUAACUUUUCAUUCUGAAAAGACGAUGAUUUUCCACUGAAACUGAUUGAUUUUAGUGUUGGCUCUCUCAAACCUUCUCAGGAAGAGAGUAUCUACUGUAAACUGGUGGAAAACAGGGCUAGCUGUGUGAAGGAAUUCACUUAAAUCAUCCUCUUAAAUUAUUGUGCACUCUAUCAUAUCUAUCAUGUUUUCCUGAAGAUAUCACUUUUUAAUUGAAGUUACAGCAAAAAAAAUAAUAAUACUCAAAAUACUUGAUAACACAUAAAUCACCGUAGGGCCUAUUUGUUUUGCUGUAGAACCUCCUGUAGUACCUCCAUAACUCCAUUAGGGGGCAUACCUGAGACAUAAUAGGGCACCUCCACUAACGAACACUCAGGAAUGAAGUUCCGUGGUCACAAUGGUAAUGUUUUUACAACAGUUUUCAACUGUAUCCAAAAGUGCACCGUUGCGUAGCAAGAGUGCAUUCCUUAACUUUUUUUAUUUAGCUGAUAUUGCACUUUGGGGGGGGGGGGUGGUAAUCAUGUAAUGCAUUAAUGAAUUUGAAUAGAGCAAUUUCAAUAUGCAGUAGUGAGUGAAAUUAUAUGGUGAUGGUCCAUAGAAGUGUAAUGCAGUCUAUCAUGGUCGUUGACUACAUUACUGUUGCCAUGGACUGCUUCUCAGAAACCUGCUAUUAUGAAACUGUAAAACAUACUGGAUUCCCAGAAGGAUGUAAAGUGUUGGAUUAUUUUCAUUACUCUACAGAAGUUUGUAAUCAGCUUUUUUAGGAUUUUAUGUCUUUUAAAUGUUAUCUAAUUAGCUUGGGAAAUAAAGAGUGGAUAUUUUACAACA